UUCUGUUUGCGUUGGUUCACCACGCUUGUGGCAUGAUACACAACAUGGCGAUUCCACAGGGACUGGACGACUGUUUUACCAGAUACGCACAAAAAACCAGCAUCACACAUACUGUCGGUCAGUCAAUCAACUGGAUAUGUGUACAUCAGUAUAUGUGGCAACAAAACGGAAUGCACAAAUGGUUCAAUUAUAAUGUCACGUCUCAUGCAAACGUUUGGUACAGUCGUCUGCUUGUGUUUCCAAACAGGAGAAGAUUGACAAACACAGGACCGGUGAAAGUGAGAAAGGAGAUUCGAAUGAUGUCAGAUUUGGAGAGACAUAAGUUUUUUAGGGCUAUCCAGAUGCUGAAAGCAGAUAAGACCAUUUUCCCAAAUAAAUAUGACGCACUGGCUGCUUUGCAUCAAGGUAUCACCGAAACUGCGGCCCAUGGAGGACCCAAUUUUCUUGGAUGGCAUCGAGUUUUCUUGAUAAUGUUUGAGAACGCUAUACGAGAGAAGAUUCCGGAUGCGACUCUUCCAUUCUGGGACUCUACGCUUGACGAGCCAAUGGCAAACCCUGUUGCAUCAGUAAUUUGGAGUGACCGCUUCCUUGGUAAUGGCAAUGGAAUAGUAAAUACUGGCCCCUUUGCUGAUUGGUCAACUCCUGCAGGUCCUUUAGUUAGAAACAUAGCAAACACAGGACAACUGUUCCGCCGAAGUGUUAUCCAAAAUAUCCUUUCACGAAAAAGAUUAGGUGAAAUAACAGAACCUCAUGCAUUUACCCCGUUCAAUCUAGAAUUUCAUCACGGUGAGGUACAUAUGUGGAUUGACGGACAAAUGGGAGAACUCACUACUGCUGCAAUGGACCCUGUCUUCUUCCUCCAUCACGCUUACAUAGAUUACGUUUGGGAAAAAUUUAGAGCACAGCAGAGAAGAAACAACAUCGACCCAGCUCGUGACUAUCCCUCAAUUGUUAACCACACUCUGCAUUUACCGACGGCCAUGUUGGGACUCGGUAAUUUUAGAAACAUCGACAGUUUCAGUGAAUAUAUUAUUAAUGGAAUAUACAGGUACGAUGAUUCUCCAUCAUGUACAGCUUUUAAUCGUAAUUGUGGGUCACCAUAUUUUAAUUGUAUGAACAUAAAGACCGAAUGGGUAUGUGUAUCUGUUGAUCAGGCUCGCAUGCCACCUAUGCAACAGAAUGUAAUGGUGGACAAUAAUAUGCGUAUGCAACAGCAACAACACAUGAACUUCCAACAACAAAUGGCAAGGUUUAGUAAGCUUCGUAUCCCAAAUAUGAACAUCAAUGUGCAUAGAGUUGGACCAAACAGUAUGCCAAAUUCCCGGCCAGCAGUAGUACCUCGUAUGGGACAUAACAUGCUCAUGUCUGUUAGGAAGGACAGGGCAAAUCCAAUGGGGUUCGAAGUCUUCCAAGUCCCAUCCCCAACUCGGGCUGGGCCAACUUCUUUCCAAGGCAUGAAUGUAGGCAUACCUAGAAUACGUGGAACAGGACCAGAUGUUAACAGAAUGAUACAAGGAAUGAUCAACAAUAAAAUUCAAAAUUCCAUGCUACCACCAAAUCCUUCCCCAUCCACUUCCUCCCAAGAAACCUGUCCAGUAAUCCCUGUAAAUCGACCUUAUCAGAACACAUUUAACAUAAACGGUGUUAGCGACAUGCGUCAAUGGGUGUACCUCCCAGUGGAUGUAGUGUAUAAACGUCCUCCAGAAUACAAAAGAUAUAACGCCUUUCCUGUUAUCAAUGGACGGCCUUUGAGACAGACUGACAUCUAUGAGCCCGACGCAUACGCUACUUUAAAAGUACCCCUCGAUACAGGCAGACCGGCUUCGUAUUCAUCGUGUAACACAGGUCAGUUUGGAGCUGGUGCUGUUUUUAUUCAGUCUAAUGGUAUCAACUAUGUUGGAAAUUACAAGGAAUACGCCAUUGUCGACCACAGAUUGGCUAUUUCUAGUUCAACUGCAUUCGUUGCGAUCAAAAACCCCGGGUAUGGAGCAACAGACGUCAUGCUUUCCGCCUACGACUCGUGUGGUAGAAUCUGUCGACCAUAUUGUAAAAUUCCCAAUUCGCAACUUGACGAAUCGCAACCCUGUUCCGGUAUGUUACGCGUAACUUCCGGUUAUCCACGACUGUACGCAAAAGACUAUGGAGAAGCUGUGUCAAACACCUGGAACCUUGGUCAGAGUUGUCCUCGGAAAAUGAGCAGACAAGUAUACAUGACCUUUUACUGCGACUACGAGGAGAGCUGGCCGAUGCCUGGGGUGGUCCCUGUAGUUCCACCGACCCCGCCACCUAUGCCUGUUUUACUGAUACCUAGCGCACCACCGUCUUCUUCUGAUGCAACUUGUGAUAUAGGCGAUGGUUGUGUUUUACCCGGCGAAUGUACUGUCUGCGUUGGUACUGUGCAAAAGUGCCAAAACAGUUGCGACCAGUACGCGGUCUGUAUGUAUGGACAAUACAUACCAGAUAAAUGUGCGGCAGGGACGAUCUACAACGCCGCCACGCACGUGUGUGUCCCAGGCUCAUGCUCAGAAGAGGCGGAUCCUACAGCGACUGCAAUUGAUCUAUAAAUCUAUCACCCACAUGUGUACCGCAGUCAGUUUAUACUACUAUGUAAAAUUUCUGAAUUGUAUGUUGGUUAGCCUAUUAAAUAUUUGUGUAAAAUGGACUUCUACAUUGAUGUUCUUUCACUAAUGUUUGACAACAUGUUGAAUAUAAAAAUAUGCGUCCAAUUAAAUUAUUAUUCUUAAUCUAUAUAAGUAAUAUGUUCUUGUAAAAGUACAUCACACGUGUCAAAAUAUCAGUGCUUUAAUGAAUGGACUCACAAUUAGUCCAUUGAUAAAAUUGCGUACAGGGAUU